GAAGUUGGGGGUGGUUUGGUUUGUGUUGGGUCAGGCCUGUGAUUGGACUGCAGAAUCCGCUAGGGAGGAGGAAAGCAGAAGUAAAAUGCAAGGAGCCAAGGAGAGGAGGAGGGCUGCCCUCCCCACCCUUACCCCCACCCCAGUGCACACUCACCCAGGCCUGCAAGAGGGUCCAGCCACUAGCCUGGAGAGGAUCAGUGUGUGUGAAGGGUGAUAAUAGCAGAUGGACCCAAGGAACUCUCUACCCCACAUCGACCUGCAAGGCCUCCAGGGACCGGCUUGCCAACAGCUGGACUUGAUCACUGGCUUGCAAAGUGAGAUCACGCAUCUGGUGGAAUAACAAGCAGGCUUUGCUCUCUGGCUGUUUGUGGAGGAUUUUCAAGCAGUGGCUAGAAAGUGGGAGACUGCUACCUGGACCCUUGAGUUUUCUUGGAGAAGCACAGCACAGGAGAUUCCACCCCUGGGUGAUUUGCAGGACAAUGAUGGCCCUUCAGCAAGCAUCUGCUUUCCUGGUUCUGUUCCUUGCAGCUCUCCUGCUCCCUCCACAGUGUGCCCAGGACCCAGCCAUGGUGCACUACAUCUACCAGCGCUUUCAAGUCUUGGAGCAAGGACUGGAAAAAUGUACCCAAGCAACGAGGGCAUACAUUCACGACUUCCAAGAGUUCUCAAAAAACAUAUCCGUUAUGCUGGGAAGAUGUCAGACCUCCACCAGUGAGUAUAGGAGUGCAGUGGCUAACCUGGCCCUGAGAGUCGAACGUGCCCAGCGCGAGAUAGACUACCUGGAGUACCUGCGGGAAGCUGACAUAUGCCUGGAAUCAGAGGACAAGACCCUGGCAGAAAAGCUCAUCCAAGAGGCCGAAGAAGAGAAAAAGAUCCGGACUCUGCUGAAUGCGAUUUCAGUGACUGCUGUCAACUGCACUUCAGAAGCAGAUGAUCCUCCUUCUGACGAACGUCAGAAGGUCAGUAGUAGCCUAAACGCUGUGUCCCAGUGCCUAUGUCAUUCACCUCACUUUAUCUCAUCACAUGGGCAUUUUAUCAUCGCACAUCAUCCUAAGAAGUGCUGUGACAACAUGUUGAUGGGCAUAAAGUCUCUGAAAAUAGUGAAGAAGACUAUGGAUACACAUGGCUCUUGGAUGAAAGAUGCUGCCAGCAGUUCCCAAAAGGUUUAUUUCCUAAUCGGAUCCAGAAACAAAACUCUGUGGGAAUUUGCAAACAUGCGGGCAUUCAUGGAGGAUAGCACCAAGCCAGCCCCACGGAAGCUCAUCCUAACGCAUUCCUGGCAGGGAACAGGCCAAGUGAUCCACAAAGGUUUUCUGUUUUUUCACAACCAAGGGACUCUCAAUGAGAUAAUCAAAUAUAAUCUGCAGAAGAGGACUGUGGAAGAUCGAAUGCUGCUCCCGGGAGGGGCGGGCCGAGCGCUGGUCUACCAGCACUCCCCGUCAACAUACAUUGACCUGGCUGUGGAUGAGCAUGGGCUCUGGGCCAUCCAUGCAGGGCCAGGCAUCUCUGGCCAUUUGGUUCUCACAAAAAUUGAACCUGGCACACUGGGAGUGGAACACUCAUGGGACACCCCAUGCAGAAGCCAGGAUGCCGAAGCCGCAUUCCUUUUGUGUGGGGUUCUCUAUGUGGUCUAUAGUUCUGGUGGCCAUGGCCCCCAUCGUGUCACCUGUGUCUAUGAUCCGCUGGGCACUAUCGGUGAGGAGGAUCUGCCCAAACUGUUCUUCCCCAGGAGGCCGAGAAGUCAUUCCGUGAUCCAUUACAACCCCAGAGAUAAGCAGCUCUAUGCCUGGAAUGAUGGAAACCAGAUCAUUUACAAACUCCAGACAAAGAGAAAGCAACCUCUGGAGUAAUGCGUUACAGCAAGGAGGAAAGGCACUGUGGCUGUGGACACUUCUCUCCAGGACAUUGAGGCCACAGCCCCUUUAUACUAUUGUGUCCCUCUGAUCACAGACAGGCAUAGGGUGUAGAAGCAGGCUUGCAUAUGCAUCCUUCCCUGGAUGUGAUGGCCUGAGGUGUUUUCCAAGACCUUAGACGAGAGUGUGUCAUUCAGACAUUUUCUACUUCCAUCACCCGUCCAAACCUCCAGGCUCUCUAGGCCUUCCACAUUCUGAUCCAGCUUACGUCCAUCCUUUUCUUUGCUCCCCUCAGCCAGCAAUUAGAAAUGAAGGCCACUGCCUAGUACUCCUGGCUUCCCUCCUGGCCUUUCCUGAAGUUCUUUCCUCUUUCAUAAAUACCUGUCGAUAUUCUUCCAUCUGUCAGUGCCCCACUAAAGUACAAUCUUUUCCUGAUGUUGAAUCUCCACUUCCUCUAGCUCUGCCCUGCCACCAAGCUAAGUAGAUAAAAUAGUGAAGCAAAACCAUUCACAUGUGAAUACCACUUGCUGGUUACAAAGUGUUUGCACCUAUGUACGUCGUUUAAUCCCCAUCCCAUGUCUUCUUCUGAGACAUACAGAAGUCUUUAUAAUUGCCAGCUUAGAGAUGAGAAAAGUUGAGGUGAGCCAAAGUAACACAGCCACAAAAUGAAAAUAGGGCUAGAAGAUACUGCAAAUCCCAUAGUCUUUCCAUUGCCCAAGGAAGCAUCGAAUAUGUGUGUUUGCUCACCCAACCUUUUGUAAGCAAUACGUUCAUCAUUUCAUCCUAAAAAUAAUGGUCUGCCCCCUUUGGCCAUUUUUCAUGUCUGCACAAGACAUUCCUAUAAGCCCUUCAAAAGCUACUUCCCCCAGAAAACCAGCCUAAGGGUGAGGACCCCCGCUGUAGCCUCAUCUUGUUUUACCUUCCCCUGUGUCUCUUUUCUUGCUAGAAACACAAUAAAACUGACACGAAGCAAAUAA